AUGGCCUCCCCUUCACAAGAGGAGGGUGAGGCCUUUACGUCCGCCACUGGCGGUCUCGGCUUCGACGUCGCCGUCUUUAGAGCCUACUUAACCACGCUCCUUCCUCCAGUGAUGGCGGCGACGAGGCAAGAGCUCGAGUUGGGCCUCUUUAAUGACCCGACGUUCGAGGAGAAGACACUCCGCUUUGCGAGUGACGCUGGCUGCCAGGUCGUCUACAUCACAAAAGAGAGAUACCUCGACGUGGACGAGGACGACCACCCCGUCACCAAGGUCGGCUACAGACUCUCCCUUCCCCCCACACCGCCACACUCGCCUAAUGUCCUCUCAACGCUGGCCCUUAUCAAGUCAUCGCCAACGCUUGACUCGCUCCUUCCUCUAGGGGCACAACUCCACUUCGUCCAACUCUCGGCCGGCUCACUUCCGCAUCUUGGCGGCGCCGGUAGCCCCUCGGCGCCCGGGACCGUCAUCUCCACACCGACGACCCAGGCUUCGCCGUACGACGGGCUGCACAGUCUUGUGCACUGGGGUGUCGCGCCGUGGUUCGACUCCUACGUGGCCUCCAAGGGCACCGUCAACGAUGGCCCCACGACAGGCAAGAAGGGUGGUGAGGCGCAGAUGGGCAUUCCUGUCACGAAGAAGAAGUUCGCCGAGCUCGAGCUCUCGCUCCUCCACCUCAAGCAGAACGUCGAGAUCCCCGAGGUGCAUCUCUCGGUGCACCCGGCGAUCCGCAAGGCCAUUGCGACUUGCCAAGCCAACGGGCAGCGGAUAUCCGUCGACGCUAUCGAGCCGCAGAGCCUUCUCUCUGACUCUGCCUUCCUCAACAAGCUUCAGGCCGACGUCAACUCAUGGAUCAAGGAGAUCCAGACCGUCACCAAACUCCAGCGCGACGUGUCAUCGGGCACGGCGUCCCAGGAGAUCAACUUCUGGAUCAGCAUGGAGAACGAGCUCGAGAGGAUCGAGGUCCAGCUCAAGGGUGAUGAGGUCUCGCUUGCGCUGGAUGUCCUUCGUCACGCCAAGCGCUUCCAUGCCACCGUUAGCUUUAUUGCUGACACUGGUAUCAAGGAGGCGACGGACCUUGUGCACAAGUACAACGUCCUCAUGAAGGACUUCCCGCUCGACGAGCUCCUUGCCUCGACGGAUCUUGAGAAGAUCAAGGACUCGAUCUGGCAGAUCUUCGGCCAUGUUAACAAGAAGUUGAAGCUCUCUCCGUAUCCUAUCCGCCGCACGCUUCCUCUUGUCGAGGCGAUCUCCUCCGACUUCAACGACCAGCUCCUCCGCGUUCUCGGGACCCAGCGCCUGAUGUACAUGGACUACGCCAAGUUCGACGAGAUCAUGAACGUGACGGCAGAAGUGUUCUCGACCUGGGACGAGAACAUGAAGGACUUCACCAACGUCGCCCGCGAGGUCUCUCGUAAGCGUGCGGAGAAGUUCAUCUCUAUCAAGAUCAACCCGGCACACAACAAGUUACAGGAACGCAUCGUGUACCUCCGCGCGUUCCGUCGCUCGCACGAGCAGCUCCGCGUGAUGACGAGCUCGGCACGCACCUUCAGCGGCCUGGGCAACGAUGUCCCCUUUGACAUCGACAUGGAGGAAGAGGUCCGCCUUAGCUACGACAGCGUUAAGAAUGUCGAUGUCCUCGACGUGACUCCUGAGGGUUCCGAGAUCUGGUACGCUGCUGAGAUCGCCUACAACGAUCGUGUUGCACGCAUCGAGAACCAGAUCAUCUCGCGCUUGCGCGACAAACUUGCGACCACUGCGACAGCCCAGGAGAUGUUCCGCGUCUUCUCCAAGUUCAACUCGCUCUUUGUGCGCCCUAAGAUCCGCGGCGCCAUCCAGGAGUACCAGACGCGACUCAUCGACUCAGUCAAGGAGGAUCUGCGUGACCUCCGACACAAGUUCACGAGCGGCUAUCGCAACUCGGAGGCGCAGCACAUGUCCGAGCUACGCGACUUCCCUCAGGUCGCUGGCGCUAUCCUAUGGGCGCGCCAGAUCGAACGCCAGCUGCUAAUGUACAUGAGGCGCGUCGAAGACGUCCUGGGCAAGGGUUGGGAGAGCUACACAGAGGGUCAGAAGCUUCAGGUGGAGAGUGCGGCCUUCAAGGCCAAGCUCGACACCCGACCGUUGUACGACGCCUGGAUGGGCGAUAUUCAGCGCCGCGGUAACCUUGUUGUCGUUGGGCGCCUCUUCGAUAUCAUCAAAACUCGCGCAACCGGUGGCAGCCAGGGCCAGCUUCAGCUCGUCGUGCAGUUUGACACGACGGUCAUCAACCUCUUCAAGGAGGUGCGCGCGUUAAUCUGGCUGGGUUUCCCCGUGCCAUUAAGCAUCACCCACCGUGCCAAGGACGCGAAACGCAUCUACCCUCACGCUGUCAGUCUGAUGGAGUCGGCCCGCACCUACACCCAGACCGUUGACCUCAUCGACCACAACCCCGACGUCGCGAUCCUCCUUGCGAGCUACCACAACAAGGCGCGUGAGAUGAUCAACCGCGGUAUGAACAUGCAGUGGGAUCACCUUGUCAACGCGUACGAGAGUCACCGAUUCCUCCCGGGGGCAGACGCGCGCGAGAGUCGCCACUUCAUCUACGUGCGCGAGUUUGCGAGCUAUGUGUCGCUUCUUCACGACAAGACAACCGCGCUUAUCGACAUCUCGCAGGACAUUUCUCGUGUGGUCGAGGAGCUUUCGACGUGUGCGUACAAGCCGGAGUCGUUCUCGGAGCUCCUCACUCAGGUGCAGAAGACGGUCGACCAGCUCAACCUCGAGGGUUAUAGCAACCUCGACGCGUGGGUCGCCAAGCUCAAUGAGCGCAUUGACAACGUCUUGGGCCGCCGCCUGGCCAUGGCCAUUGAGGCAUGGUGUAGCGAGUUCACUAAGGCGGACGAGGCGCUUGACGGUGACGGCGACGCCGACCCGGCUAGCGACGAGACCAAGCGCCUUACAAAUAUCUCCAUCAAGCCGCUAGUCCACGAGGUCCGCAUCCGCAACCAGGUCAUCUACCUUGACCCGCCAAUCGAGCUGGCACGUCUCGAGUGGCUAUCGCAGUUCCAGACCGCGCUAGGUGUCGUCUGCAACCUCAACCGCAUCAAGAGCUCACGCUACGAGAUGACAUUGCACGUCGAGGAGGCCACUGCUGAGGAGAAGUCCUACAUCGGCCUCCUCACGGCCAACGACCUGCCGCUCGAAAAGCCCCUGUCGCUCAUCGAGGCGAAAGUGCAGUCGGUCAGCGCGUACGUCGACAAGUGGCUCCAGUUCCAGUCGCUCUGGGACCUCGAGGCCGAGUACGUGUACAACCGUCUCGGCGAGUCGCUCGCCAACUGGGGCCAGUUGCUGUCGGACAUUCGCCAAGCGCGUUCGACGUUCGACACCACCGACACGCGCAAGGACUUUGGCGUGUGUGUCAUCGACUAUGCCAACGCACAGAGCAAGGUCAACGCUAAGUACGACUCGUGGCAGCGCGAUCUCCUUGCGAAGUACGGCUCCAAGCUCGGCAUGACGAUGAAGGAGGUGCACGCCUCCGUCUUCAAGGCGCGCACAGACCUCGAGACGUACUCAAUCGAGGGCAACACCGCGCAGGUUGUUACGUUCAUUACGUUCGUGCAGGACCUCAAGCGCAAGGUCGAGGUCUGGGGCCCGGAGAUCAACCUGUUCGUCGUAGGCCAGAAGACGCUCGAGCGCCAACGCUACACGUUUCCGUCAGAUUGGCUCUUCGUCGACCAGGUCCAGGCCGAAUGGGGUGCCUUUUCCGAGAUCCUCAAGCGCAAGGAUGAUUCGAUCAAGGAGCAGCUUGCUGGGCUGCAGCUCAAGAUCGCCGCCGAGAAUAAGAUCGUCGACGGCCGCAUCCAGGACUUCAUUACCGAGUGGGAGGCCAACAAGCCUCUCCAAGGACAUAUCAAGGCCGACGCCGCGAUCAUGACCCUCAAGACAUUUGAGACGCGCCUCAACCAACUCACGGAGGACUACACGCUCAUCCGCCGAGCCAAAGAGGCCCUCGACCUCGAGCACAGCAGGGACGACCGUUUGCAACCAGUCACCGAGGAGUUGCGUGACCUCACGGGCUCAUGGACCGCGCUCUCAGGUACAUGGGGACGCAUCAACGGCCUCCGCGACAUCCAGUGGUCGGCAGUGCAGCCGCGCAAGCUCCGCCAGGAGCUCGACAGCGUCCUUGCCGAGACGCGUGCCAUGCCCAGUCGCAUGCGCCAGUACCCUGCUUUCGAGUACGUGCAGGAGACGAUCCGCGGCCUCCUCAAGUCCAACGUCGUUGUCACCGAGCUGCGUUCAGAGGCGCUGCGUGAGCGCCACUGGUCCAAGCUUUACAAGGCUCUACGGAUAGCCGCACCUCGAAACCCACUGUCUAUGACACUUGGGCAUGUGUACGAUCUCGACCUGCAGAAGAACCACGUGGCCAUUAAGGAGGUCGUGCUCCAGGCGCAGGGCGAGAUGGCACUUGAAGAGUUCCUCAAGCAGGUUCGUGAGACGUGGACGUCGUACUCGCUCGACCUCGUCAACUACCAAAAUCGGUGUCGUCUCAUCCGUGGCUGGGAUGACCUGUUCACCAAGUGCAGCGAGCACUUGAACUCGCUCGCCGCCAUGAAACUCUCGCCUUACCACCGCGUGUUUGAGGAGGACGCAGCGUCGUGGGAAGAGAAACUCAACCGCGUGCACGUCCUGUUCGACGUGUGGAUCGAUGUCCAGCGCCAGUGGGUGUACCUCGAGGGCAUCUUCUCCGGUAGCGCCGACAUCAAGCACCUCCUUCCCGUGGAGAGCUCGCGCUUCCAGAAUAUCAACUCCGAGUUCCUCUCGGUAAUGAAGAAAGUGUACAAGUCACCCUUUGUCCUCGACGUCCUCAACAUUCCCGGCAUCCAGAAGAACCUCGAGCGCCUCGCAGAUCUCCUCACCAAGAUCCAGAAGGCUCUCGGCGAGUACCUCGAAAAGGAACGCUCGUCGUUCCCCCGGUUCUACUUUGUUGGUGACGAGGACCUGCUCGAGAUCAUUGGCAACUCGAAGGACAUCCAUCGCGUUAUGAAGCAUCUGAAGAAGAUGUUCGCUGGUAUCUCGAUCCUCCAACUUGACGAGGAGGCUUCUGAAAUCCGCGCUUUCGCCUCGCGCGAGGGUGAGGAAGUACCGUUCCGUGUGCCGAUCGUGCUCAAGGACUACCCCAAGAUCAACGACUGGCUUGCCAAGCUCGAAUCGGAGAUGCGCCUUUCUCUGGCCUUCCUCCUCUUCGAAGCUGUCAAAGACCUACGCGACAUCUUCCGCAUCGACGGUGAGCUUGCCGUCGACAGUCUGCUUCAGUGGGUCAGCGCGUAUCCCGCCCAGCUUGUCGUCCUGGCCGUCCAGAUUGCCUGGACCGAGCUCGUCGAGAUGACCAUCCCCCAGGGCAAGCUGGAGAGCGCACUCGAGCUCGUCGCGAGAAUGCUUGACCUGCUCGCCGACACCGUGUUGCAGGAUAUCCCUGUGCUCCAGCGUCGCAAGUGCGAGCACCUCAUCACCGAGCUCGUCCACCAGCGUGACGCAAUCCGUGUCCUCGUCAGUUCCAACGUCCAAGCGACCGACAGCUUCGACUGGCUGUACUACAUGCGCUUCUACCUCGACGAGUCAAUCGAGGACCCUCUCACCCGCCUUGAGGUGCGCAUGGCCGACGCGGUCUUCCCUUACGGUUACGAGUACCUAGGCAUUCCCGACCGUCUUGUCCAGACACCUCUCACUGACCGCUGCUACCUCACUCUCACACAGGCCCUGGACAACCAACUCGGCGGCUCGCCGUUUGGCCCCGCUGGUACAGGUAAGACUGAGUCGGUCAAGUCACUCGGCGUGCAGCUCGGCCGCUUCGUGCUCGUCUUCUGCUGUGACGAGACGUUCGACUUCCAGGCCAUGGGCCGCAUCUUCAUCGGCCUGUGCCAGGUCGGCGCUUGGGGUUGUUUCGACGAGUUCAACCGUCUUGAGGAGCGUAUCCUCUCGGCCGUCUCUCAGCAGGUCCAGACCAUUCAGCAGGGCCUCGCGCAGGCCGUGACGAACCCUAAUGUCGACGUCGAGCUGGUUGGCAAGCGCCUCAAGAUCAACCCGCGCACCGGAAUCUUCAUCACCAUGAACCCGGGUUACGCUGGGCGUUCGAACCUUCCGGACAACCUCAAGAAGCUGUUCCGCAGCAUGGCCAUGACUCGUCCGGACCAGGAGCUCAUCGCGCAGGUGCUCCUCUUCUCCAAGGGAUUCCGCACGGCCGAGGUGCUCGCAUCUAAGAUCGUGCCGUUCUUCAACCUCUGCUCAGAGCAGUUGUCCCCGCAGCCGCACUACGACUUUGGUCUGCGUGCUCUCAAGUCCGUGCUCGCGUCUGCUGGUAUCCUGAAGCGCGACUACCAUCUCAAGGCGCAGGACGACGAGGUCGUAUCCGACGACAUUGCGGAGCAGCAGAUCAUGAUCCAAAGUGUCAUGGAGACGAUCGUUCCCAAGCUCGUCGCCGAUGACGUGCCUCUACUGCGCGCGCUGGUCGAGGAUGUCUUCCCAGGUGUUCAGUACAUCCCUGUCAACCUCGACAAGCUCAAGUCCCAGAUUGCAGAGGUUUGUGCGGAACGUCGCCUUGUUGUCGGCGAGGCAUGGCUCGACAAGGUCAUCCAGCUGUACCAGAUUCAGAACAUCUCGCACGGCCUUAUGAUGGUGGGCCCAUCGGGCUCAGGCAAGUCCGAGGCGUGGCAAGUCCUUCUCGCUGCGUUGGAGCGCGUCGACGGCAUUGAGGGCACCUCGUAUGUCAUCGACCCCAAGGCCAUCGACAAGGAGGCGCUCUACGGUACUCUGGACCCGACGACACGCGAGUGGAACGACGGUCUGUUCACGCACAUCUUGCGUAAGAUUGUCGACAAUGUCCGUGGCGAGACGGCCAAGCGUCACUGGAUCAUCUUCGACGGCGACGUUGACCCAGAGUGGGUCGAGAACCUCAACAGUGUCCUGGACGACAACAAGCUCCUCACCCUACCCAAUGGCGAGCGCCUCAACCUCCCGCCGAACGUACGUGUCAUGUUCGAGGUCGAGCACCUGCGCUACGCGACGCUUGCCACUGUCUCGCGCUGUGGCAUGAUCUGGUUCAGCGAGGAAGUUAUCGACGUCGACAUGCUCUGCAAGCACCACCUCAAUCUCCUCGCAAGCGUUCCCAUCAGCGCCAGCGACGAGGAUGCGAUGGAGUACGACGCCGAUUUUGCUGCGCAGCAAAUGGAUCUCCAGCGACAUAUUGCGACGAUUCUCGGGCCCUACUUCGAGAAGGACGCGCUUGUGCAGACCGCGCUUGACUUUGCCGCCAAAUCGGAGCACAUUAUGGACUUCACUGUCAUACGAGCACUCAACACGCUGUUCUCGCUGCUCAAGGCGACCGUGCGCAACGUCAUCGAAUACAACGCUCGCCACAGCGACUUCCCCCUUUCCCCCGACAAGGUCGAGUCAUACGUGCAACGCCGCCUGCUCCUCAACAUCAUCUGGUCGCUGGUCGGUGACAGCCGCCUCGACAUCCGUGCCAAGCUGGGCGAGGAGCUGCGCCUUAUUUCGGGCAUCGAGACGCCCGUCAUGUCGGCCGGCACCUCGCUCAUCGACUACGACGUCAAUGUCGCGACCGCCGAAUGGGUGUCGUGGCAGUCGCGUGUCCCGACUAUCGAGGUCGAGACGCACGCCAUUACUUCUGCCGACGUCGUCAUCCCGACAGUGGACACCGUCCGCCACGAGGAGGUUCUCUACAGCUGGUUAGCGGAGCACAAGCCGCUCAUCCUCUGUGGCCCUCCAGGUUCAGGCAAGACCAUGACGCUGUUCAGUGCGCUGCGCAAGCUUAGCAACCUCGAGGUUGUGGGUCUCAACUUCUCGAGCGCCACCACGCCCGAGCUUAUCCUGAAGACGUUCGAGCAGUACUGCGAGUACCGCAAGACACCAAACGGCGUCGUGCUCGCGCCUACCCAGAUCGGGCGUUGGCUCGUCGUGUUCUGCGACGAGAUCAACCUCCCAGCGACCGACAAAUACGGCACUCAGCGUGUCAUCUCGUUCAUCCGCCAGCUCAUGGAGCGCAACGGCUUCUGGCGCACUUCGGACCUCUCGUGGGUUACACUCGAGCGUAUCCAGUUCGUUGGCGCCUGCAACCCUCCGACGGACCCUGGCCGUGUGCCUCUCAGCCACCGCUUCAUGCGUCAUGCCCCAGUCGUCAUGGUCGACUACCCGGGAGAGGUGUCGCUCAAGCAGAUCUACGGCACCUUCAACCGAGCCCUCCUCAAGGUCGUGCCCAACCUACGCGGCAAUGCGGAGGCGCUCACGGACGCCAUGGUCGCAUUCUACAUCGCGUCGCAGAAGCACUUCACUGCCGACGUGCAGGCGCAUUACAUCUAUUCGCCGCGUGAGCUCACGCGCUGGGCCCGUGGCAUCUACGAGGCGAUCAAGCCGCUUGAGACGCUAUCACUCGAGGGCCUUGUGCGUGUUUGGGCUCACGAGGGUCUGCGUCUCUUCCAGGACCGCCUCGUCGCCGAGGCCGAGAAGAAGUGGACGGACAACAUCCUGGACGAGACGGCGGCUCGGUACUUCCCCAACGCCAAUGUCUCCGAGGCGCUUGCUCGGCCCAUCCUCUUCUCAAACUGGACCUCGAAGAACUACAUCCCCGUCGACCGAGAGCAGCUGCGCGAGUACACCAAGGCGCGCCUCAAGGUGUUCCACGAGGAGGAGCUAGACGUGCCGCUUGUCCUGUUCAACGACGUGCUGGACCACGUCCUCCGCAUCGACCGCGUGUUCCGCCAGGUACAGGGCCACCUGCUCCUCAUCGGUGUCAGCGGUGGCGGUAAAACGACGCUCUCGCGCUUCGUCGCCUGGAUGAACGGCCUCAGCAUCUUCCAGAUCAAGGUGUCGAACAAGUACACAUCCGCUGACUUUGACGACGACCUGCGUACCGUCCUCCGCCGCUCCGGCUGCAAGGGUGAGAAGAUCUGCUUCAUCAUGGACGAGUCGAAUGUCCUUGAUGCGGGCUUCCUGGAGCGCAUGAACACGCUUCUCGCCAACGCUGAGGUGCCAGGCCUCUUCGAGGGCGAUGAGCACGCCGCGCUCAUGACUGCAUGCAAGGAGGGCUCGCAGCGUGACGGUCUCAUGCUAGACUCGCACGAGGAGCUGUACAGAUGGUUCACGCAACAGGUUGCACGCAAUCUCCACGUCGUCUUCACCAUGAACCCGCCCGCCAACGGCCUCGCGUCUCGUGCCGCCACCUCGCCUGCGCUCUUCAACCGCUGCGUGCUCGACUGGUUCGGCGACUGGUCCGACCAGGCGCUCUAUCAGGUCGGUUUCGAGUUUACCUCGUCUCUCGACCUGGAGUCGCCUACGUAUGUUACUCCCUCGCCAUUCCCAAUCGCGUUUAGAGAGCUCCCGACGCCACCCAACCACCGCCAGGCUGUUAUCAACACAAUGGUGUUUGUUCACCAGUCGAUGCAGGCGAUCUCGGCCAAGCUCGCCAAGCGCCAGGGCAAGUACAACCACAUUACCCCACGCCACUUCCUCGACUUCAUUAACCAUUACGUUCGCCUGUUCACGGAGAAGAAGGAAGAUCUCGAGGAGCAGCAGCGCCACCUCAAUGUCGGUCUUGACAAGUUGCGCGAGACGGUUACACAGGUUGAGGAGCUGCGCAAGAGCCUCGCCGCACAGAGCACCAAGCUCAGCGCCAAGCAGGAGGAGGCUAACCAUAAGCUCAAACAGAUGGUGGCAGACCAAGCCGAGGCAGAAGCGUCCAAGGUGCAGUCAAUCCAGAUCCAGGCCGCGCUCGUGAAGAAGGAGGAGUUACUCGGGGAGCGCAAGUUGGUUGUCGCGGCCGAGUUGGCCGAGGCUGAGCCGGCCGUCCAGGAGGCGCUCAACAACGUCAGCAACAUCAAAAAGCAACACCUCGCCGAGGUGCGUUCGAUGGCCAACCCUCCAGAGGCCGUCAAGCUGGCGAUGGAGUCUGCGUGCUCGCUGCUCGGUCACCAGGUCGACAGCUGGAAGACGGUACAGAGCUUGAUCCGUCGUGACGACUUCAUCUCGAACAUCCAGCACUUUGACACGAACCGCAUGAGCCGCGCGCUCCGCGAGCGCAUGAAGCGCGACUACAUGAGCAAGCCAGGCUAUGACUUUGCGACAGUGAACCGCGCUUCGCGUGCCUGUGGCCCGCUCGUGCAAUGGGUCAUCUCGCAGGUGCGCUACUCGGAGAUGCUUGACAAGGUCGAACCGCUGCGCAUCGAGGUACACAACCUGUCCGAGGAGCUCGACGCCACUAAGGCUGGCGCCAAGCUGGCUGAGGACAAGACAGUCGAGCUCGAAGAGAAGAUCAAGCAGUACCGCGAGGAGUACGCUAAGCUUAUCAGCGAGGAGUCGGCGAUCCGCAGCGAGAUGGAGCGUGUUGAGAGCAAGGUCAACCGCAGUGUCACGCUUCUCGAGAGCCUGUCGUCCGAGCAGACCCGCUGGGAUGCAGGUAGCAAGACGUUUGAGAGCGAGAUGGGUACCAUUGUCGGCGAUGUGCUCAUCUCGGCUGCGUUCCUAGCCUACUCUGGCUUCUUCGACCAGCACUACCGCGACACGAUGCGGCGCACGUGGAUGGAACACCUCGACGAGGCCGGUAUCCAGUUCAAGGUUGAGCUCGCACUUGCUGAGUUUCUUUCAACCGCCGACGAGCGCCUGGACUGGCAGUCGCACGAGUUGCCUGCCGACAGCCUGUGUGUCGAGAACGCGGUCAUGCUCAAGCGGUACAACCGGUACCCACUCAUCAUCGACCCAACAGGCCAAGCGACGACGUUCCUCCAGAACGAGUACCGCAACCGCAAAAUCACGGUUACGAGUUUCCUCGACGAGUCGUUCCUCAAGAACCUUGAGUCGGCGCUUCGAUUCGGCAACGCACUGCUUAUCCAGGACGUCGAGAACCUGGACCCAAUUCUCAACUCGGUGCUGAACCGCGAGCUGCGUCGUACCGGCGGGCGGGUACUCAUCCGCAUCGGCAACCAGGACAUCGACUUCUCACCCGCAUUCACGAUGUUCUUAUCGACGCGCGACCCGUCGGUCGAGUUCUCACCUGACAUCUGUAGCCGCGUCACGUUUGUCAACUUCACCAUGACACGUGGCAGUCUGCAGACGCAGGCUCUCGACAAGGUGCUCAAGGCGGAGCGUCCUGAGGUCGACCAGAAGCGUUCGGAUCUGAUGAAGCUGCAGGGCGAGUUCCGCCUGCGGCUGCGCCACCUCGAACGUGCCCUACUGCAGGCGCUCAACGAGUCCACUGGUAGCAUCCUCGACGACGACCACGUCAUCGAGACGCUCGAGGUCCUCAAGAAAGAGGCCGCCGAUGUACAGUGCAAGGUUGAGGACACGGACAAGGUCAUGAAGGAAGUCGAGACCGUCACGGCCGAGUAUCUGCCGCUUGCGUCGGCGUGCAGCAGCAUCUACUUUACGCUCGAGCAACUGGCCACCGUCAACCACUUCUACCAAUUCUCGCUCGACUACUUCCUCAGCAUCUUUGACUAUGUGCUGCUCCACAACCCCAACCUCGCGGGCGUCACCGAUCUCGAGGCGCGCAAGGCAACGCUCGUCCACGACCUCUUCCUCGUCACGUACCGCCGCACGUCGCGUUCGCUGCUCCACGUCGAUGACAUGGUGCUCGCGACGCAGCUCGCCAAGCUCCGCCUGUCGCGUGGCGAGGCGAGCAGCGCGAUCACUGACGAGCUCGACGCGCUCAUCGAGGUGCCUGUGGGUGAGCAUGCUGGUGACCAGCUGCACAUUUCGGCCGAGCAGCGCCGCGUGCUCGACAGCCACCUUGGCGCUGAGACGACCAGCGCCCUCGAGGUGCACCUCACAUCGUCACCGCUGGACUGGGCAGCCUUCCUCUCUGCCGCUGAGGCCGAGCGCCAUAUUCCCUGGCCUUGGGCACCAGCUGACAACUUUGUCACAGCCGCUCGCUCCCUUACGCUCGUCAAGCUCUUCCGCCCCGACCGGAUCGUGCAGGCGCUUGCCGCAUUCGCGGACAAAGCUUUCGGGUGCGACCUCGCUGCACAAACCGAGUACGACCUCGCCACGAUCGUGCAGGACCAGGUCAAGGCGAGCAACCCACUCGCGCUGGCCUCGGUGCCAGGCUACGACGCGAGUUACCGCGUCGAAAACCUAUGCCGCUCGCUCGGCGUCAACUGGACCUCGGUCGCCAUGGGUUCCGUUGAGGGUUUCGCGCUGGCCGACCAAGCAAUCGCCAACGCUGCGCGCACGGGCUCGUGGGUGCUGCUCAAGAACGUGCACCUCGCACCUGGAUGGCUCGCACAACUCGAGAAGAGACUACACAGCCUGUCGCCGUCGCCGAGCUUCCGCCUGUUCCUCACCAUGGAGACGAACCCCGUCAUCCCCGUCAACAUUCUGCGCCAGUCGCGCAUCAUCAUGAACGAGCCUCCUCCCGGCGUGCGCGCAAACUUGCUCGACACUUUGCGCGGGCUGCCUGCCGCACGCCUCAACACUGGGCCGACUGAGAAGGCGCGCCUCCUCUUCCUCCUUGCGUGGCUCCAGGCUGUCGUGCAGGAGCGUCUCCGUUACCUCCCACUCGGGUGGUCGAAGAGCUACGAGUUCAACGACUCUGACUUUGACGCCGCGUUCAAGACGAUCGAUUCCUGGAUAACGGGGUUAGCCAAGGGCAAGUCGAACGUCGACCCGGCGCAGAUUCCAUGGGUCGCGCUCCGCACUCUCAUCAAACAGGCAGUCUACGGCGGUCGCAUCGACUCGGAUUACGAUCAGCGUGUGCUCGACGCCUUUGUUGACGCUAUCUUCACACCGCGCGCGUACGACAACGACUUUGCGCUCGUCAAGCUCGGCGACCGCCCUCUUCUCGUUCCUGAGGGUACUCAGAUGAGCCAGUUCAUUGCCUGGGCGCAGGCGCUGCCCGAGCACGAGCCACCGUCGUGGCUUAGCCUUCCAGGCACAGCCGAGCGCGUCGUUGCUGCCGCGGAGGGCAAUGCAACCAUUGUCAAGCUGCGCAAGCUCCGCACAACCAACGAUGACGAGGAUGACGUGUCGGCGGCAGUCGAGGCGGCGGGUCGCCCCGCGUGGAUGACGACGCUCAAGACGAACGCGGAGGAGUGGCUGGGCGCACUUCCCAAGGCCCUCUCGACGCCGGCUUCCAUCACCGACCCCAUAACGCGCUUCUACGGCCGCGAGACGUGGACCGGGCGCCGCCUGCUCGAGCGCGUGCGCAAGGACCUCAGCGACCUGGUCAAGGUCUGCGAGGGCAGCAUCAAGCAGACGAAUGAGCUGCGCGUACUCAUGACCGACCUCACGCGCGGCAAUGUGCCCGCGCACUGGGCGCGAUUCAAGAUGGUAAAGGGCACAAGUGUGGGGCAGUAUGUCGUGGACCUUGUGUCGCGCCUUGCGCAACUCGAACGGAUAGCGACCCGGGGCGCAGCUGGCGGCGUAUGGCUUGGCGGCCUGUUCCAGCCCGAGGCGUACAUCACUGCUACACGACAGGCCGCUGCUCAUGCGGCGCAUGCGUCGCUCGAGCAGCUUACCCUGAGCCUUGCUCUUGAGAGCGGCGCCGGCGGCAACGGAUUCGCGAUCGAGGGUCUGAAACUCCACGGUGCGGCAUGGACCGAUGGCAAGCUCAUGCUCAACGACGGUCAAACCGUCGCGCUCGGGCCUUGCGAGCUUGUGUGGACGCGGGACCUGGCCGCCGGGUCCGCCAAGGUCAACCUGCCAGUGUACCUGAAUGGUGACCGGUCCGAUGUGCUGUUCAGCGCAGACCUGGACGCGGACGUGAGCGCUUCUGUAAUGGCUGAGCGCGGAGUGUGUGUGACGGCCGUGUAA